GCAGUAUCCACAAACACCAUACCCACCAAUCACAACCCACCACCUUCAACCUCUUUCUCUGUUUCUGCUCUGUUUCUCUAUUUAUCUUUUUUUCUUUCUCAACUCUGUUUCUGCUCUGUUUUUUUUUUUCCUUUUUUUGGGGGGAUUUUUUUUUCUUUUUUUUUUUUUUUUGAAUUUGGUAUUCAAAUUGGAGAUUCAUUCCUUGAGCCCUCACUUUCUUUUCGACUUAUCUUUUUUAUUUUGUUGGCUAUUCAGUGGAUACUUUUUCUUUUCUUUUCUUUGUUGCUGAGGGCGCAAGGAAAAGGAAGGAAAGAACAGAUCUUUCCCACUUUUUUUCACUGCCACAAUUUCUCAGAAUUCAGACUUUCCCCUGUUUUCUCACUUGGGCUUUCCAUUUUCGGCCUUUUUGGAUUGCUUGAGCUCUUCAGGUAUUCUUGAAUUCUCUGCUCCUUUUUUCUCUUUUCCUAAUUGGGAUUUGAAGACGUCGGCAGUUGCAUACUCAAGUGUUGCUUCUCAGUUGUGAAAAUUCUGGAAGGUUUCUGUUCCAUUUUCUUGGACUCUGUUUUCCUGGAAAGUUCAGAUCUCAGUUGGGUUACUAGGGUUCUGUCUUGGAGCAGUGGGAUUUUGUUUUACAUUUUUAUUUUUAUUUUUUUGUUGGGGUGAUUUUUUUCUUUUUUCUUUUUUAUUUCAAAGAUUUUGGAAGGUGGGUCUUUUCUAGAUUCCUCAGGCCUAUGCCUGUGUGAAAAAAGGUAUUCUGAUUCCUUACAAAUGCUUCUCAAUUUAACGCUGGUUUUGUCCUUGUAAACCCUCCACCUCUCCAUUUCCCAUCUGGGUUCUCUGUAUUUUCUCUGUUUUCAUCAUUCCCAAAUCCAGCAAAAUCUUCCAUAAGAAAAAUAGCAGAGGAAAGGGAUAAGAGAAAGUUGUGAAUUUGGUAUGCUUUUGUAGUUUCCUCUCUCAAUUCCAUGCAAUGAAGUGGGAAAUGGAAAUUCUCUCCCCAGCAUCCUAUCUUUCCAACUCCAAUUGCCUCCUAGAAGAGAGCAAGAGCCCAAGAUGGACUCCAGAAGAGAACAAGACGUUUGAGAAUGCUCUUGCAGUCUACGAUAGGGACACACCGGAUCGAUGGCAGAAGGUGGCUGCCAUGAUCCCAGGAAAGACUGUUGGAGAUGUUUUCAAGCAGUACAAAGAACUGGAGCUUGAUGUUGGGAAAAUAGAAGCUGGGCUGGUCCCAAUUCCUGGUUAUAGCACCUCUCCUUUCACAUUGGAGUGGACUACCAAUCAUGGAUAUGAAGGGUUGAAGCAGCCCUAUGGACUUGGUGGAAAGAGACCUUCAUCCACCAGGCCAACUGAUCAGGAAAGGAAGAAAGGGGUUCCAUGGACAGAAGAGGAGCAUAAGCUGUUUCUGUUGGGCCUUAAAAAAUAUGGCAAAGGGGACUGGAGAAAUAUCUCGCGCAAUUUCGUUAUCUCCAGAACGCCAACUCAAGUGGCUAGUCAUGCUCAAAAGUACUUUAUCAGGCAGCUUUCAGGAGGGAAAGAUAAGAGAAGAGCCAGCAUCCAUGACAUAACAACAGUCAAUCUCACCGACACUCGAACACCUUCACCAGAAAAUAAAAGACCUCCUUCGCCAGAUCAGUCCAUUGGGGUUCCCAAGCAGCCCAAUUCUGCUCCCAUGAAUAGAACAACUUUUCAAUGGAGUCAACCAAAUAGUGGAGCACCCAUGGCAUUCAAUCCGACGCAUGGAAAUAUUUUCAUGUCCUCUCCUUAUGGAAUGAACUCAUAUGGGCUUAAAAUGCAGGGCCAAAAUCUGCAUAGAGCCUUUAAUGAAUCCUACAUUGGACCUCAAAGUAUGGUUUUUCAGAUGCAAUCCACCCCGCACUUUCCUCAUGGAUGAGGUAGCAGUUGUUUUGAAUUCAACAUGGCUUAGAAUGCCACAUCUUCUUUUCAGUUCACUAGAAUAGCUGUGUUUGUGUUUUUUUUCCCCGUUUUAUGUGAAUAUGUUAUUCGAGACUUUUGCUAGUCCAUAGUAUUUGAACUUUGAGGGUGACGGGAUUAUGUUUCUUCUUGAGAUCUCAAAAUCAUGAAAUGUGAAACCAAAUAGGAAGGUUCUCAUACUUGGAUUUUCCUUGUAUUUAAGAUUCUGCAGCUUCAAUGGAGUUCUUGAGACUUUCUCCCCCGGA